UUCACAUUCAGCUGCAUCACCGAGCUGGAGUAUAAGAGGACUGAGAGUCCCACAGCUCGGCACCAUCCGGUCCAACUUCUCCUGCAGUAAAGGUCUCCUCCACUCAACAACCAUGAAAUUCUCCCUCAUCGCCGCCGUCGUCCUGCUCGCUCUGGCACAAGGAAGCUUUGCACAAGAUGCAGCUGACCUGGAGCAGGUCGGUCAGUACUUUGAGGAGUUGAAGAACAAGAUGACUGCUGACGUCACCGCGUUCCUUAGCAGCCAGGACCUCGCCGGCCAGGCUCAGACCUUCGUGGAGGAUAGGAAGACCCAGCUGGAGCCACUGGCCACCCAGAUCCAGGAACAGCUGAAGACCGCUGCCGCCAAGCUGGAGGAGCACAUGAAGCCCCUGGCCGAGAACGUACAGCCCAUGGUGGAGAACUUCCAGAAGCAGAUGGAGGACCUCCUCAAGAGGCUGAUGGAUCAGACCCGUAGCGUUGCCCAGUAAACAAGCCGUCCUUCCAAAGGAACAUGCAAACGUGCCACCACAACAUCUUCUCCAUCAAGGACUGAGCUCAUGGAGCGGCUUGCAUUCAAGGCUGGCCUGACAGCGCCACGGCUUAAAAUGUGUUUCAGUGCUAGUUAACACUGAUAUUUAUUUUCUUUGUCCAGAAGCACAAUUAAAAACCUUGGAACACAAA